GUUUGGACUACUUUGGGAUUUUACAUCCAUCGAAGUGAAGUGCGAGAUAUUGAAAAUAGCAAGGGAAAACGAAAGUUGAAAAGUAGUGGAAUCCCAAGUUAGAACUUCAACUUCAAGGAUUUGCAACUAUUUUGAGAUAGAAUGGCAAGUGGCAAUCAAAAGAAGGACAACACCGUUCCAAGAUGUUUCAAGCAUAAUAAAACAUGGCAGCCAAGAAUUCAACAACUGUUGAACAAGAUAAGGGAUUCCCUACUUCCCAAGAUAUACCUUGGAAGAUUUAACAAUUUGCUAUGUACAUGCGACCAAGGAAUUGCUACUUCUCGUCCUGGUAUUGUUAGUCUUUGGGAUGAAGUUACAGAUGAACAGCUUGCUCAGGCUGUUGGUUUCAUUGAUAGAUAUGUCCUGGAAAACAUCGGGAAUGCCAAUGUUCCCAUAAUGAAGAAGAUCAUGGAAUGGCUUCGUAAAGAUAAAGAAAUCAAUGCAGAAAACUCCACAGCCCCACAGCCAGCCCCUCGAUCCAGUGCACUGAAGCUGUUAUUCCUUCUACGAAAAGUGAUUGACAAGGAUUAUAGCGUAUUGGAGCCUCGUAAAGUGAAAGCAGUCCAACAGGCUAAGAAGAAGGAAAAAGAAGAAUUGAACUUGACAGUUGUGCUCGAGGACUACAAGCCGGAGUUACUUGGUCAGCUUGUAGGCUUCUGUGGCCGAAACAUCAUGACGUUUAUGAAAAGAGAGAAAUGCCAUGUACGUUUUGAAAAAGUCCAAACAGAUAACGGGGCAGAAAAAGUUAAAGCCACCAUAAAGAAAACAACAGAAAGUAUGUCUGAAUUGGAGAACAUCGCAACAGAACUGAAAAAGUUUGCAACAGAAACGCAAGACACAGUUGAGGCGUACGUACCAUCCGAUGACGAGGAAAUAACACCUGAAGUAUUGUCAGUUUAUGAUGAAGUAGACCAGAUGAAUCAAGAUGAGCUCAAGGAAGAGUAUAAAGAGCUGGUGGAAGCUGUAGAUAAAGACGUGCUGGGGCCCAAUACCCAAUUUGCCGACGUUUCUUACCAUUACACGGCAAAUCCUAGCACUAGAUACAAAGCUAUCACAAAGAAAAUGACACUUGUCAAUCAGAUUCAAGCAUUUAAUGAAGUGAAAAGCAAAUUAGUCGGUCAAGCUAAGGCUCCACAAUCGCCAGCCAGUCAUAUUUCCAGUUUAUCAAUUGGACAAAGUUUGAGCACUGCAACAAGGAGUGCGGCUACAGAUAACACUGUUCCGAAGUCGGCAGCAUCAGGUGAUACGUCAGCCAGCAAAGCCAGCCAAUCAGGAGCAAGUUCCACUGGCGGAUCAACUAAUCAGAUGGCUGGAGCUUCAACGCUGGUACAUCCCAUCGAUCUAAAUGAUCCAGCUGCUGCAGAUCCGUGUCCAACCAAAUGCUUGGUACAUGAUCGUCGUUGGGUAUCUACGUACCAGUAUACGUUGACACAGUGCUACACCCACAUCAGAUUGCCAAAAAAGUUUGGUAGUAGAUUCAGCAGAUUGAUUUGUACUUGCAACAAAAAUAGACCAGAGGCUCGUCUGUAUUUUGUGGUAGAAGACUACAUGGUUAAAGGGUUCGGUCAGUGCAAGGAAAAGGUUGAACGGUGGCCGCAGGAAUGUCAGGUCAUAAUGAAACCUCUGAUCACACAGCUGGAGAAGUAUGACAAGUCUGAAGUGUGGCACAGCCUCUUCAAGUUUGUCUUCUAUUUCAACUCGGUGGAUGCCAAUUUAAUGGACGUGUUUGACAUUGACCACAAGCUGCCUGGACAGAACUCUACAUACGUGCCUAGGCAAGAAAAACCUUACCUAUACCAAGCAAGUGUCCCGCUAACAAUUGUUCGACCGGCAUCAACAGCUACACAGUCUACAGCAAGUUCUGGUGCUUCCGGUUCAUAUUUAACACAGUCUGGUGCAGGAGCAUCGGGUCUUAGCAGUUAUCGAAGCAUUCUAUUUCAGUCAGUUGCCUCGGCCGAGCCUUCUCCUCAGUCAACCAGGAAGAGGCCCACACUGAAGCGAUUGAGUCCAGAUGACUGGUCAGAGGACUGUUACUACCAUGGAAAGAAGAAGAAAUUUGUGUUUCAGUGUGUGGUAAACUACCUUCACAAACAUGCCGGGCUGCCUGUGAAGCUGAAUAUUCCUUACUCCAUGGCGGUCUGUGUUUGUAAUGAAACUGUGGACUUCAAGGAUUUAUAUAAGACAGAAAAUGAUUGCGAGAGCGACUGUCGUACUAUGAAGAUCAAACUGUCGAUGUGGCGAGGGGACAGCAAGUCUAGCAUUCAGCCUUACAUCGGCCUGCUUGAAGACUACAUAUACAACAAGAACAUCACCGAUGGCUUCCUCAAAUUGGUGUACCAUUUCAACCAGGUGUAUCGUCGAGAACUCGGCUUUUACGAGGAGUUACAUAACCUUGUUAAAAAGCAGAGAAAUUUGAAAAAAUAGUGAAUGUAUUGAAAAUAAAUAUAAGUAGUGAGAAGGAAACUUUAGUAUUUGUAAAUAUAAGGUUGAUACCAAUACCCAUAAUUUGUAUUUGUCUGUGUCAUGAUGAUGUCAGUUUUUACCCUUUUUUCUGUAAUUUUUGUUUUGUUUUCAGUGACAGUUUAUAAAUAUCACAUAAAUUUGAAUGGAGUGAUAUAUAUUGGCAAAUGUGUAGAGAUGGAGCCAAGGUUGAAAGUUUUUCCCAAAUGUUGACAGACUGCCCUUUGAACAUGAGCUAUAGACAUAAAAGACAU